UCAGUUUGUUGCCGCACCACUCCAAGAGACAAUCUGACUGGUGAGCGAGCCGAUUAUAUAGAUAUAGGGAGUGUUGUUGAUAAUUGCUAUUGUUGGAUUCGUGUCUGUAAUAUCCGAAUUGGGAUUCAGACUGAAAAUUUUCCGGAUUGUGCCUUCUCAUGCAGUUUGGCUCUGGACCUAGGUUGAUUAUAGUGAGAUUCGCGUCGAGUUUCGGGGCUUGUCUUCCACCGUCCUGGUCUUAGAUUCUGUUUGAUGUUAUGCUUGUAGCUGAGUUGAUUCAGGUAUGAUUUAGAGAAGUACAAGUUUUGGCCUCCAAUUCUGAUUGACUCCCAAGCGGCGGUUUAUUCCUUAUCAUGGGGGUCAGCAAGGCUGAUGAGGUGGACGAUGGUGAUAACAUCGUUUCUAGCCAUAAGGAAGGAUUGGAAGCGCCAGUGAAGACCGCUGUUGACAAGUUUCAGCUUUUGCCUUCAUUUCUUAAGGUAAGAGGACUGGUGAAACAGCACAUUGACUCCUUCAACUACUUCAUCAACUGCGAAAUUAAGAAGAUCAUUCAUGCUCAGGGGAACGAGAAAGUGACCUCCGACGUAGACGCCAAUUUCUACUUGAAAUACUUGGAUAUUUUUGUGGGAGAGCCAUGUGUGGAGCAAGACUACAUUUACGAGCCUAUCACACCUCAGCAAUGCCGCCUCCGCGACAUGACUUAUUCAGCGCCGAUAAGUGUGGACGUGGAGUAUACCAGAGGGAAAGAGGUUGUUGUGCGAAAAGGGAAGGAUGGAAAGCAAGAGGGAAGCAUCAACAUAGGGCGGAUGCCCAUUAUGUUACGAAGUUCUCGGUGCAUCCUCGCUGGAAAGAACGAAGCCCAACUAGCCAAAGUAGGGGAGUGCCCUCUUGAUCCAGGUGGUUAUUUUGUGGUCAAAGGAACUGAAAAGGUCAUCCUGAUUCAGGAACAGCUAUCGAAGAAUCGAAUAAUCAUUACAACGGACAGCAGUGGCAGUGUGGCUGCAUCAGUGACAAGUAGUACUCAUGAACGGAAGAGUAAGACGAACAUGGUGGUGAAGCAUGAGCGAAUUUACCUUCGCCACAACACAUUUGGCGAUGAUAUACCUAUUGUUGUGGUGAUGAGAGCAAUGGGCAUGGAGUCGGACCAAGAAAUUGUGCAGAUGGUGGGUAGAGAUCCGAAGUAUGCUGGAAUACUUAAUCCUUCAUUACAGGAAUGUGCUGCUCUUAAAAUAUACACCAGUCACCAGGCGCUUGAGUACCUAGGCUCGAAGGUUAGAAGCAGAAACAUGUUCACAAAACAGAAGAGAACCAAGGUGGACGAGGCUCGUGACAUUCUCGCAACGGUGGUGUUAGCUCAUGUUCCUGUGCAUCAAUUUGAUUUUCGAGCGAAGUGCAUAUACCUUGCAGUCAUUAUCCGUAAGAUGCUUGAAGCAAUGCUCAACAGAGAAGCUGUUGAUGACAUGGAUUAUGUUGGUAAUAAGCGGUUGGAACUUGCUGGGCAGCUGCUUUCGCUGUUAUUUGAGGAUUUGUUUAAGCGAAUGAAUGCUGAACUGAAGAAAUCAAUGGAUGCCACGUUGAGCAAAGCAAAUAGAUCCACUCAGUUUGAUAUCAUCAAGCUAAUACGACCAGAUACAUUGACGAACGGGUUGGAGCAUGCAAUAUCAAGCGGGAAUUGGGCAGUGAAGCGAUUCAAGAUGGAUCGGAAAGGUGUCACUCAGGUAGUCUCAAGACUAUCGUUUAUUGCUGCGCUGGGUCACAUGACAAGGAUUUCGUCCCAGUUUGAGAAAACCCGCAAAGUUAGUGGACCACGAGCACUUCAACCAAGCCAGUGGGGAAUGUUGUGUCCUUGUGAUACGCCUGAAGGAGAGGCAUGUGGACUUGUGAAGAAUUUGAGUCUCAUGACUCAUGUAACUACUGAUGAAGAGGAGGCUCCCUUAAUUGAGCUGUGCACAACGUUGGGAGUAGAAGAUUUAUCCUUGUUAUCAGGAGAAGAACUUCAUUCUCCCAAAACAUACCUAGUAUUUUUCAAUGGAACUAUUUUGGGUGUUCAUCGGCGUCCAAAUCGAUUUGCAGAGGUUUUGAGAAAACUGCGUCGGGCUGGAAAAAUUGGAGAAUUUGUUAGCGUACAUGUCAAUCCUAAACACCGGAACAUCCAAAUUGCGUCCGAUGGAGGUCGAGUUUGUCGGCCCCUUGUAAUAGCUGACAAAGGUGUAUCUCGAGUCAAGGAGCAUCAUAUGAAAGAACUGAAGGAUGGCUUUCGCACUUUUGAUGACUUCUUACGAGAAGGUCUUGUUGAGUAUUUGGACGUGAACGAGGAGAAUAAUAGUUUGAUCGCACUUUAUGAAGGAGAUGCUACACCUGAUACUACACACAUUGAAAUCGAGCCCUUUACAAUAUUGGGUGUUUGUGCUGGCCUUAUACCUUAUCCACAUCACAAUCAAUCUCCCCGUAACACAUAUCAGUGUGCUAUGGGUAAACAAGCAAUGGGAAACAUUGCUUAUAAUCAGUUGCAAAGGAUGGACACACUGCUUUACCUCCUUGUGUACCCACAACGACCUCUGCUUUCUACCAAGAGCAUUGAGCUGGUUGGCUAUGACAAGCUCGGGGCUGGGCAAAAUGCAACUGUUGCAGUCAUGAGUUACAGUGGCUAUGAUAUUGAGGAUGCUAUAGUGAUGAAUAAGUCAUCUUUAGACCGAGGAUUUGGUCGUUGUAUUGUAAUUAAGAAGAGUGUAGUUCCCAUGAAGAAGUACGCAAAUCGUACUGCAGACCGAAUUAUGGCUCCUGAACUGCAAAGCUCAGCAAAAGGAGGUGUCCAAGUCGUUGCACGUCAGCAGCUGCAAGAUCACGAUGGCAUUGCUGCAGUUGGGGAGAUGAUUCGUCCCGGAGACAUUUACGUGAACAAGCAAAGCCCAAUCGAUACUAGAAACAAUGUCAACAAUCCCAUGGCUUUGCCUGACUCGGCUUACAAGAGGACACCACAAACCUAUAAAGGAGCAGCUGGAGAAACUGCAGUUGUGGACAAGGUCUUACUUACAAGCAACGAUGAGAACCACUUUGUAGUCAAGUGUCUUAUUCGUCAGACGAGACGUCCAGAGGUUGGUGAUAAAUUUAGUAGCAGACACGGGCAGAAGGGUGUCUGUGGAACUAUUGUUCAGCAAGAAGAUUUUCCAUUUUCCGAGCGUGGGAUCUGCCCAGAUUUGAUUAUGAAUCCUCAUGGAUUUCCCAGUCGAAUGACCGUUGGAAAAAUGAUAGAGCUUCUUGGAGGGAAGGCAGGAUUGCAUAAUGGCAAGUUUCACUAUGGAAGUGCUUUUGGUGAGCCUAGUGGUCAUGCUGACAAAGUAUCAACUAUCAGUGCAACCUUGGUGAAGCACGGCUUUAGUUAUAGUGGCAAGGAUUUUAUAUACUCAGGUAUUACUGGGAGCCCUUUACAAGCUUAUAUAUUCAUGGGACCUAUUUAUUAUCAGAAGCUGAAGCAUAUGGUUUUGGACAAAAUGCAUGCGCGUGCUCGAGGUCCUCGGGUGGUACUCACCAGACAACCCACAGAAGGAAGAAGCCGAGAAGGAGGUUUGAGGCUUGGUGAAAUGGAGCGUGAUUGUUUGAUAGCUUAUGGUGCUAGUAUGAUGAUAUUGGAACGUCUUAUGAUAUCCAGUGAUCAAUUUCAAAUUCAGGUGUGCACAAAGUGUGGGAUGAUUGGCUACUACCAUCACAAGCUUAAGAUUUGUUUGUGUUCUACUUGUAAGAGUGGUGAUAAUAUUGCAACAAUGAAACUCCCGUAUGCUUGUAAACUUUUAUUUCAGGAACUUCAAUCCAUGAAUAUUGUGCCCCGCUUGACACUAGCAGAAGCAUGAGUUCUUGGAGUCAAACAUUAGCGAAAUCCAAUUUUGAUGAAACGGAACUAUCAGAUUAUGUUACUUAUCGGAUAGUGCUGAGGUUUAUUCCAAGCUCUAACCAUUGCUUAUUUAGUGAUCAAAGUUUGAUGCGACCUUGAGCUAAUCCAACUCCAAUAAUAUCUUUGUUUCAGUGGCCUUGAUACAAUUAACGUCUAGGCUGCAUUACAUGGCUAUUGAGUACAGGAUUUAGUUUCAGGCUAAUUUAACUGCCACGAGUAUCAUUCUUCCGAAGACAUUUAUAAUUGCUCUCGGAAACUCUUGCAUUUCUGAUGACUAGUGUAUUCUUCUGACAUCUUGAAAUUUGUGUCCAGAAUAUUGAUCAAGUCAACUCUUACAUAAUCUUCAAGCAAUUAUUGAAGUAUUGGUCUUCGGUACUUAACUAGAUUGCAGGUACAGCUUUUAAUCUUGGGUAUAUUUUCAUACAGAUGUUUUCAUCAUAAACUCAAUCAAUCAUGAAGGCUUUGGAUGGGAUAUGUUUUUACUUCAGAAAUCAAAAUCAUAGUGUAACUAUUGAUUUACUAUGGAUAUUGAGCACUCAAAGCAUCUGUAAUAUCAUGAAUCCUUUUUUAUUUUGUUUA